CCAGCACCAGCACCAAGAUGGAUCUACCACUGUUUUAGGCGUUUCAUCUCAGUUGUUGCUACCUAUAUAAUCCCUCGCAUACUUCCACGGCCAUGUCCGCCAAACAGACCCCAUCGGAGUACGUCACUCUUGCUUCCAAAGAUGGCUUCGAAUUCAUAAUCCCCCGGACCGCCGCCUGCGUGUCUGGCACCAUACGGCGAAUGCUAGAUCCAGCAAGCAACUUUUCUGAAGCCGCCACUGGCCGCUGUGUUUUCGAGAACAUGAAUGGAGUCGUGCUUGAGAAAGUGUGUGAAUAUCUCCUUUACAAUGAACGGAAUAAGGGCCAGAGCAACGUACCAGACAUGGAGUUCCCACUCGAGCUGUGUCUGGAAUUAUUAAUUGCAGCCGAUUAUUUGGACACAUGAGGUGAAGCGCAGUAUAUGUGAAUAUUCGUCAUUUUCGUGGAAAAACGGGAAGCCGGCGCCGGCGUUCUCAGGCGUUCUCAUACAGAGGAUAGUUAUAAAAGCCCAGCUUAAGUACAAUAAAAUGGGGUGUUAGAAGAUUCACGGGGUACAAAUAUAAAAUGGGAAUUGGCUUCGCAUCGAGUGUUCUUGACGCUAUCAAUCGCGUAUUAUCCCAUCAACGCAUCACGUUCCUUCUGGCCAAAUCCACGUACAAUUUGCGACGCUUUGCCCCGCGUCAGUGUUUCCUGCGUGCCCAUAGAUUGAAACGUCUAAUAUUGCAAUGGGAAGAUUGACCUGGUUUAUCUCCAAGCCGAUUUGGUCUGUCUUACUCCGUCAG